GAUCGGCCUGCCUCAGUCUCCCAAAGUGCUGAGAUUACAGGUGUGAGCUACAGUGCUGGGCAGAGAGUUCUAAAUAUGUUCUGGAUACCAGCCCUUUAUCAGAUAUUGGUUUUGCAGAUAUUUCUUAACUGCUUUUCAGAGGACAAGAGUUUUAAAUUUUGAUGAGGCACAGUUUGUCAACUGUUUUCACUUAUGGUUUAUGCUUUUUGUUUCAUAUUUAGGGGAAGUCUUUGUCUGACCCAGUGCCACAAAAAUGUUCUUCAAUGUUUUAUAGUUUAUAAUACAUUUUUGUACAAGUCAGUUAAGUCCUUUUAGUCUCCUGCUUAGUAUAUGCUUUUGUGAGGAUUAGAGAGAAUUUAUAGCAGCACCUAGUACAAUGCCUGGAACAUAGCAGACAUUCAAUCAGUGAUACCUGUGACUGUUGUUCUUGGUAAAGUUAUUUUUUUCAAAUCUCUCUUUCAUUUAGCUAACAUUGAACACCUAUUGCAUGUUCUGGGGAUACAUUAGGGAACAAAGUAAACAAAGUUUCUGAUUUUAGGCUGUUUGCAUUCAUAUGCAAAUCACAAGGUAUGCUAUUAGUAUAAUUUUAAUAAAUUAUGUUAAAGUUAAGGAUGCAUUUUGGUACAAUUAUGAAGGUUUGCAAUUGCUGUCUAAGCAUUCCAGUAACUUAAUAUGUUAGUUUAAAAUUAGGUCCUGGUGGGCAUGGUGGUGCAUACUUAUAGUCCCAGUUACUUGGAGGCUGAGGUGGGAGGAGCACUUGAGCCCAGGAGUUCAAAUUGUAUUGCACUGUUAUUGCACCUGUCAAUAGCCAUCCCAGCCAGGGCCACAUAGCAAGACCUUGUCUCUGCAUUUAAAAUAAUAAUAAUAAUACAAGUAGGUUCUAAAAAUGUGUUAGAAGAAGAGUUGGUCAGUUUUGGAAUCAUAGAGGCAAACGCUAGAAGAAUAUCCCCAGCAUCAUCCAAUAAGAGAAUGCCCUGAACCAGAUCCCAGUAUUCAUUCCUAGAAGAUGGGGCAGCCAGCUGUCUCUGGAAGCGAGCUUCAGAGCAGGCCACUGGGCUCGUUUGUUGUACUUUACUUGCUCAGAGUCCUCUGUGGUUGAGCAAGCUUUGGAUUAAAGUAUACUCUUCAUGUAAAUUUGCCUACAGGCUCAGAAUGCAUUGGUAACUCACCAUGAAUUUCUAGCCCUCUCAGUAGUCCUGACUUAAAAACAAAAAUACAUUAAAUAAUUAGCCUUUUAAGGAUUAAGUUCUUAAAAUGUGCUGCUUUAUGUAUUGUAACUCUAACUGCCCAGUGAAUGAAUGACUUUUGUGGGAGGUUGAGGACAGGGUAUGGUGUUCGGAGUUAGAAGUGGAAUUGAAUUCCUACUUCUCUCUACUAGCUAUAAGGACUUGGGCUAAGUUACUUAAUGUCUCUGAACUUCAGUUUCUCUAGGCCCGCUCUACAAUGUUAUUGUUAGCAUUAAAUUAGAUCACUUUUACUAAAUGCCUGGACCUGGAUUAUCUUAUUUGUCUUCAUCUAUCAGCCAUGUAAGCUAUAGUGAGUUUUAUUUAUGUGGUGUUUCUUUAUUUUCAGAAUCGUCUAAAAGAAAUUGAACAUAAUCUCUCUAAAAUAAUGAAACUUGACAAUGAAAUUAAAGCCUUGGAUAGCCGAAAGAAGCAAAUGGAGAAAGAUAAUAGUGAACUCGAAGAGAAAAUGGAAAAGGUUUUUCAAGGGACUGAUGAGCAACUAAAUGAUUUAUAUCACAAUCACCAGAGAACAGUAAGGGAGAAAGAAAGGAAAUUGGUAGACUGUCAUCGUGAACUGGAAAAAUUAAAUAAAGAAUCUAGGCUUCUCAAUCAAGAAAAAUCAGAACUGCUUGUUGAACAGGGUCGUCUACAGCUACAAGCAGAUCGCCAUCAAGAACAUAUCCGAGCUAGAGAUUCAUUAAUUCAGUCUUUGGCAACACAGCUAGAAUUGGAUGGCUUUGAGCGUGGACCAUUCAGUGAAAGACAGAUUAAAAAUUUUCACAAACUUGUGAAAGAGAGACAAGAAGGGGAAGCAAAAACUGCCAACCAACUAAUGAAUGACUUUGCAGAAAAAGAGACUCUGAAACAAAAACAGAUAGAUGAGAUAAGAGAUAAGAAAACUGGACUGGGAAGAAUAAUUGAGUUAAAAUCAGAAAUCCUAAAUAAGAAGCAGAAUGAGCUGAAAAACGUGAAGUAUGAAUUACAGCAGUUGGAAGGAUCUUCAGACAGGAUUCUUGAACUGGACCAGGAGCUCAUAAAAGCUGAACGUGAGUUAAGCAAGGCUGAGAAAAACAGCAAUGUAGAAACCUUAAAAAUGGAAGUAAUAAGUCUUCAAAAUGAAAAAGCAGACUUAGACAGGACCCUGCGUAAACUUGACCAGGAGAUGGAGCAGUUAAACCAUCAUACAACAACACGUACCCAGAUGGAGAUGCUGACCAAAGACAAAGCUGACAAAGAUGAACAAAUCAGAAAAAUAAAAUCUAGGCACAGUGAUGAAUUAACAUCACUGUUGGGAUAUUUUCCCAACAAAAAACAGCUUGAAGACUGGCUACAUAGUAAAUCAAAAGAAAUUAAUCAGACCAGGGACAGACUUGCCAAAUUGAACAAAGAACUAGCUUCAGCUGAGCAGAAUAAAAAUCAUAUAAAUAAUGAACUAAAAAGAAAGGAAGAGCAGUUGUCCAGUUACGAAGACAAGCUGUUUGAUGUUUGUGGUAGCCAGGAUUUUGAAAGUGAUUUAGACAGGCUUAAAGAGGAAAUUGAAAAAUCAUCAAAACAGCGAGCCAUGCUGGCUGGAGCCACAGCAGUUUACUCCCAGUUCAUUACUCAGCUAACAGAUGAAAACCAGUCAUGUUGCCCCGUUUGUCAGAGAGUUUUUCAGACAGAGGCUGAAUUACAAGAAGUCAUCAGUGAUUUGCAGUCUAAACUGCGACUUGCUCCAGAUAAACUCAAGUCAACAGAAUCAGAGCUAAAAAAAAAGGAAAAGCGGCGUGAUGAAAUGCUGGGACUUGUGCCCAUGAGGCAAAGCAUAAUUGAUUUGAAGGAGAAGGAAAUACCAGAAUUAAGAAACAAAUUGCAGAAUGUCAAUAGAGACAUACAGCGCCUAAAGAACGACAUAGAAGAACAAGAAACACUCUUGGGUACAAUAAUGCCUGAAGAAGAAAGUGCUAAAGUGUGCCUGACAGAUGUUACAAUUAUGGAGAGGUUCCAGAUGGAACUUAAAGAUGUUGAAAGAAAAAUUGCACAACAAGCAGCUAAGCUACAAGGAAUAGACUUAGAUCGAACUGUCCAACAAGUCAACCAGGAGAAACAAGAGAAACAGCACAAGUUAGACACAGUUUCUAGUAAGAUUGAAUUGAAUCGUAAGCUUAUACAGGACCAGCAGGAACAGAUUCAACAUCUAAAAAGUAUAACAAAUGAGCUAAAAUCUGAGAAACUUCAGAUAUCCACUAAUUUGCAACGUCGUCAGCAACUGGAGGAGCAGACUGUGGAAUUAUCCACUGAAGUUCAGUCUUUGUACAGAGAGAUAAAGGAUGCUAAAGAGCAGGUAAGCCCUUUGGAAACAACGUUGGAAAAGUUCCAGCAAGAAAAAGAAGAAAUAAUCAACAAAAAAAAUACAAGCAACAAAAUAGCACAGGAUAAACUGAAUGAUAUUAAAGAGAAGGUUAAAAAUAUUCAUGGUUAUAUGAAAGACAUUGAGAAUUAUAUUCAAGAUGGGAAAGACGACUAUAAGAAGCAAAAAGAAACUGAACUUAAUAAAGUAAUAGCUCAACUAAGUGAAUGCGAGAAACACAAAGAAAAGAUAAAUGAAGAUAUGAGAAUCAUGAGACAAGAUAUUGAUACACAGAAGAUACAAGAAAGGUGGCUACAGGAUAACCUUACUUUAAGAAAAAGAAAUGAGGAACUAAAAGAAGUUGAAGAAGAAAGAAAACAACAUUUGAAGGAAAUGGGUCAAAUGCAGGUUUUGCAAAUGAAAAAUGAACAUCAGAAGUUGGAAGAGAACAUAGACAAUAUAAAAAGAAAUCACAGUUUGGCAUUAGGGCGACAGAAAGGUUAUGAGGAAGAAAUUAUUCAUUUUAAGAAAGAACUUCGAGAACCACAAUUUCGGGAUGCUGAGGAAAAAUAUAGAGAAAUGAUGAUUGUUAUGAGGACAACAGAACUUGUGAACAAGGAUCUGGAUAUUUAUUAUAAGACUCUUGACCAAGCAAUAAUGAAAUUUCACAGUAUGAAAAUGGAAGAAAUCAAUAAAAUUAUUCGUGAUCUGUGGCGAAGUACCUAUCGUGGACAAGAUAUUGAAUACAUAGAAAUACGGUCUGAUGCCGAUGAAAAUGUAUCAGCUUCAGAUAAAAGGCGGAAUUAUAACUACCGAGUGGUGAUGCUGAAGGGAGACACGGCCUUGGAUAUGCGAGGACGAUGCAGUGCUGGACAAAAGGUAUUAGCCUCACUUAUCAUUCGCCUGGCCCUGGCUGAAACGUUCUGCCUCAACUGUGGCAUCAUUGCCUUGGAUGAGCCAACAACAAAUCUUGACCGAGAAAACAUUGAAUCUCUUGCACAUGCUCUGGUUGAGAUAAUAAAAAGUCGCUCGCAGCAGCGUAACUUCCAGCUUCUGGUAAUCACUCAUGAUGAAGAUUUUGUGGAGCUUUUAGGACGUUCUGAAUAUGUGGAGAAAUUCUACAGGAUUAAAAAGAACAUCGAUCAGUGCUCAGAGAUUGUGAAAUGCAGUGUUAGUUCCCUGGGAUUUAAUGUUCAUUAAAAAUAUCCAAGAUUUAAAUGCCAUAGAAAUGUAGGUCCUCAGAAAGUGUGUAAGAACAAACUGCUUAUUUCUGAUAUCAACUUAGUAAGAAAAUAUAUUCUUUCAAAGGAACAUUGUGUCUAGGAUUUUGGAUGUUGGGAGGUUCUAAAAUUAUGAAACUUGUUUCACUGAAAAUUGGACAGAUUGCCUGUUUCUGAUUCCCUGCUCUUCAUCCCAUUCCAGGCAGCCUCUGACAGGCCCUUCAGGGUUCAGCAGCACAGCCGAGACUCGACUCUGUGCCUUCCUCCCCAAUGCAAAUGCAUGCUCCUUCUCAAAGCACUGUUAGAUAAUUACUGCCUUGAAAAUUUAUGGUUUUGGUUUUUUUUUUUUAAUCAUAGUUAAAUGUUACCUCUGAAUUUAUUUCCUUGCAUGUUGCUUGAAAAACUGAGUAUUAAUAUCUGAGGAUGACCAGAAGUGGUGAGAUGUAUGUUUGACUCUGCUUUUAACUUUAUAAAUCCAAAUGACCUCUCUCUCUGGGACUUGGUUUCCCCAACUAAAAUUUGAAGUAGUUGAGUGGGGUCUCAAAGUUUGACAGUGAACCUUAAGUAAUCAUCUAAGUCAGUACCCACCAUCUUCUUCCCCUACAUAUCCCUGCCAGAUGGUCAUCCAGACUCAGGGCUCUCUCUACAGAGAGGAAAUUCUCCACUGUGCACACCCACCUUUGGAAAGCUCUGACCACUUGAGGCCCGAUCUGCCCAUCGUGAAGAAGCCUGUAACACUCCUCUGCAUCUAUCCUGUGUAGCAUCCUGGCUUCACCAUCAAUCCUGAUUCCUCUCCAAGGGGGCAUUGCCGUGUGGAAGGCAAGCCAGGCUCACUCACAAAGUCAAGGCCUGCUCCCUGUAGGGUCCAACCAGACCUAGAAGAGCAGGCCUCGCCGUAUGCUCGUCAGAUGCCAUUUCUAAGAAAAGCCUAAUCACAGUUUUUCCUGGAAUUGCCAGCUGACAUCUUGAAUCCUUCCAUUCCACACAGAAUGCAAGCACGUCACACGCUUUUGAAUUACGCUUUGUGGAGUUCUGUUUUUCAGAGUCAGCCGGGUCUUGAUUCAGUCACGUGGCAUGGUUUUGUGCCAUCUGUAGAUAUAACGAGCAUAUUGCCUAGACAGCUUUUCUCAGCUGGGUCCAGAAGAGAAUUAAGCCCUAAAGUCCUAAAGCGUCUGUGCUAGGUUAAAUAGUUGGCCCCCAAAGAUAGCCAGGUCCUGAUUUCUAGAACCUGUGACUGUUACUUUACAUGGCAAAGGAAACUUUGCAGAUGUGAUUAAAGCUAAGGACCUUAAGACAGAGUGUCCUGGGGGCGGGGCGGGGGUGGAGGGGGGUGGUUCCUAAAUGUAAUCACAAGUAAGAUGAAGAGCACAUCAAUUCUAGUCAUAUAGUAAACAUCCACAAUAGCCAAGAUAUUUUUAUCCCAAGAAUGCAAGAUUUCAGAAAAUGAAAAAUCUGUUGAUAAAUCAUCACUAUAAUAAAAAUCUGUUGAUAAAUCAUCACUAUAAUAAAAAUCUGUUGAUAAAUCAUCACUAUAAUAAAACCGAAGGGGAAAAAAUUCUGAAAAAUUCUAGCAGCUAUAUUUGAUAAAAUUCAACAUCUAGCUUUAGCAAACUCAGUUUUGCAAAGAAUAUUUUCUUAAUGUUAUCUGUUGCUAAAUCAAAAUUAAAGUCAUCUUAAUUGCAAAAUAAAACAUUUCUCAGUAAAUAUUAAAGCCACUUACCUUCUAUCAACAUGUUUCUGAAAGUGCUAGUUGUUGCAGCAAGGAAUAACAAAGGCAAUACAAGACCAAUAUAGGCAGUGAAACAAAAUUAUCAUUUGCAAGUUAAAACAGACUUCCCAGUUUUAAAUCUGGUUUCCCCCGAGUAUGUGGCAUCCUUGGCAGCACUUUUGAGAGUGGCUGCUUUCGUUCAGAUAGGUGCCUUUCUGGUUUCUCAUUGCUGCUUCUAGAUCAUUCUCCAAAUAUCCCCCCUUCCCCACAUUGGAAUGAAUAGCCAUCACAGUAUGGAUGGAGGUUAGAAUGAGCCAGACUGCCUGGGCUCAAAUCCUAGCACACCACUCAUUAGCUGGGGACCUUGAGCAAGUUAUUUGUCCUCUUUUGUUUCUGUUUCCUUAUAUGUAAAAGUGAGUAAAAUGGUACAUGUUUUAUAGGGUUGUUAUGAAGAUUGAAUGACAUUAUUUAUAAACUGCUUAGAACUGCUUGCCACCUACUAAAUACUGUGUGAGUGUUCAAGAAAAACCUGUCUUCAUUUC